CAGGUGGAGUCCGCAGACGUGGUCGUUCUGAACAAGACCGACCUCGCCAGCGAGGAGCAGCGCAGCGCCACGGCCGCCGUCGUCACUGCCCUCAACGGCAGGGCGGCGAUCAGGGAGACCAGCUUCGGCAAGGUGGCGUUCUCGGAGCUGCUCGCCGCCGCGCCCGCGGAGCCCGCGCUGGACGCCGUGCCAGGCCCGCAGGAUGGCCACGGCCACGGCGAGUCCCAUUCCCACGGCGAGUCCCACGGCCACUCGCACGCUGGGGCGUCGGACUGCCAGGACGGCCACGGCCACGGCGAGUCCCACUCCCACGGCGAGUCCCACGGCCACUCGCACGCUGGGGCGUCGGACUGCCAGGACGCCGACUGCGGCGACGCGUCGCACGGCCACGGCCACGAGUGCAGCGACCCGGGCUGCACCGACGAGUCGCACGGCCACGCGCACUCGCACUCCCACGGAGGGCCCACCACCGCCGCCGAGCGCUUCGGCAUCACCUCUUUCGUCUACGCGGCGCGCAGGCCCUUCAACGCCGAUCGGCUGGCUGAGGCGCUGUCGAAGUGGCCUGUGCCGAAUAAGGACGACCUUGGCGAAAUCUUGUCCUCCGCUUCAGCGGAGCCCGACACCGCGGAGGCGCUCUCCCCGCUGUCGGGGGUGAUCCGGUCCAAGGGCUACUGCUGGAUCGACACGCACCCGUCGAGCAGGAUGUUCUGGAGCCACGCUGGCAAGAACAUGGCCCUCCAGUACGAGGGCGUCUGGUGGGGCGCGAUGCCAGAGGACCACUUGGAGUCCCUGCGGCGGCAGUCCAGCGCGGGCGACUACGAGCGCGCGCGACGCGAGGACUGGGACGACGAGUGGGCGGACCGUCGCCAGGAGAUCGUCUUUAUCGGCCAGCGCCUCGACGAGCCUGGCGUGCGCGCUGUGCUGGACGGAUGCCUGCUGACCGACGACGAAAUCGCAGGCUACCGCGAGGCGCAGGCCAGGGACGAGGAGGCGCUCGCGGAGAGCGGCGCCAUGAUGUACUAGCAGGGGCACUCACGAGCGCUUGAUGUAUACAGCGUGCUGACGGUGAACUUACAAAGGAAGUCAUCUGCGGCCCAGUGUGUGAUGGGUACUUAGCCCUCCGCCACCGGCCGCCGCCCGCCGCCGGCCUGCAGCGCGCGCGCGCGGCGCGCGCGCGGCGCGCGCGCGGCGCGGGGAGCGCGCCGCCCCUCCGCC